ACAGACGCACAGGGCCUACAGUUUGAACAGUCUGGGCCGAGCUGUACCGUUAGCCACAUUACGAACAAAGUUACAGUAUUUUGAAAUUAAUUCAAGGAAUUACUGAGCCAUUUUAUCCCGAAAGACGCACGGCGUGUUCUGACAAUGCGGAGACCGGCGGGAGCAGCUACUCAUCAGGAUACGUGAAUGAAAGCGCAUUUUGGACAUGACUGUUUUUAUUACAUCUUGAUGGAGUUGCCUUGAACUCCAUGCAAGGAGAAAGAAAGCUAACUGGCUAACGGCUAACUAGCGGCGGCUAUCCCGGCUAACUCGCGUGUUAUUCACUUCCUUGUUGCACAUUGGAGUGUAAUGGAAGGCAAGAAGAAGUUUGUGAGAAGGAGAAGGAGUUUUUACUUAAACUUUAACGCUAUCUGAUGAAUGGAUUUACAUGUUCACAGAAACUACAACAUUCCGGAAGAAGUGGUUUUUGUCUUCGGAUGGGCUCUGGGCCUGAGCUUUGACCAUGAAAUGGAAUGCGACUGUCUAACUGGACACAGUUAGCUAGUGGCGGCUAGCUGGCUAAACACUAGCAUUAGCUAACAAAUCAUGGAGAUGUAAUUUAUAUACAUUUCCACUGGACCCACAACGACGAAUCGUAUUGUGGAUUUGCUGCAACAGAAUCUGCUGACAUCAAGUCUCAUGAACUGCCGUCUGGGGUCACUCAUUUAUCUGAAACCUGAAUCCAACUGGCUUUGGUAUGCUAGCCUUAGGCUCGUGAUUUAGCUAGCUAGCUAGCUUUCUAAUUGUGAAUUUGCUAGACCGUUAGCUAGUUAGCCUGUUACCCAGCUAGCCAAAUGUUUUGUUCCACGGCACGAGUGACAUUGUUGGAGUAGAGUACGGAACAUAAAGACUGUUAUCACACGGGGUUGCAGCGUUUAUUUUGUAUAUAAAUGCCUAAUCCAGAGGUGCUUCGUGAGGGUCGGGGACGUAGCCCCUCUGCUCAGAGAAAUGCGAACAGACAGGACAGGCGUAGUAAUGCUGGGAGCGGUGCAGCUCAGCGAGAUAGACGCCGUGAGAAGAGGCGGUCAUCGGCAUCCAGGAGAAAGAAACGCAGACAGGCCAAGGAAAGAGACUUGUGGCAUACAGGUACAGCAGAAGACCAUAACAAUGACCGAAAAGGCGCUUUUGACAAAGAUGUUGAACUUCGAACAUUGGUAGAGUAUGAUGACGUGAGCUCCCAGUCAGAGCGGUUUUCUGGGAGCCCCUCUCCUAAACUUGACCCCCAUGCUGACAGUCUGUCAGUGGAUAGGCUCAGUGAUGUUGACUUUGGUGAAUAUAAUGGACCAGCAUCCCCGGAAAGAAGUUUUCCCAGAGGACGGGAGUCAGUUUGUCUCGCUAAGGAGGAGCAAACAAGAGGACCAUCUGAAAGGAGCAAACAGGAAAAAGAGCCUGGCAGGAAAAAGGACCGUCAGAGCCGUGAGAGAGACUCCUCUAAAGCCAGGAGUGGAGGUAGCCUUGGUGGCUCUAAAAACCACAGAGACACUACAAGGAGCAAUGACCGAAAUGGUAAAAGGACAUCUUCGUCUCAAUCCUCACAAUCUGCAGAUAAAAGGGAUUCAAAAAGGCACAGAAGUAAAACAAGAUCUGACAAAGAGCCCCCAUCUGCAUACAGAGAAGCUCCACAGUCGUACAGAGAUGACCGAGAAGACCUCAGGGCAUACAGGAGAAGUCCUGGAUUCAAAGCAGAAAGUCCCUAUGGGACAUCAUACUCGUAUAGCUACCAAUCUCCUGGUGGUUAUAACCAGCUGAUAACUAGACGAAGUCCACCCUAUGGGAGUAAAAGACUCUCUCCCAGUGCCACGUACUACAAUCGGGAUGUAGAUGCGUAUGGAUCUUAUGGAAUCCAAAAGUCACCCAAUUCAUAUUCAAGCAACAAAAGAAAGCGAUCCCCUGCUAGCCCUGUGAACUGGCGCAGGUCCCCGAGUUAUGGCAGGCACAGUCCUUAUGAACAAGGAGAGUUUGGUUCAAGUCCUUACGGAAACCGCAGAAGGUCAAGAAGUCCAUACCGGAAGUCUCUAAGCCCUAGUCCAGAUAUCAGGCGAUCUGCUAGGUCACGCAGCAGAAGUCCAUAUUCCUCCUCAAGGCACUCACGGUCACGCAGUCGUCACCGCCACUCACGCUCUCGCAGUCGUCCGUCUAGUCUUUCACCAAGUACACUCACCUUCAAAACCAGUCUUGCUGCUGAACUCAGUAAGCAGAAAAAGGCUAAAGCAGCUGAAGCAGCUGCCAAAGCAAAGAACUCCAGCAACACAUCUACUCCAACCAAGGGUCCCUCAACUGCACACCAGCCAAGUCCUAAGCCAAAUCACACGUCAAGGAAGGGCCGACCUCCGUCUCCACCUCAGCCAGAAAAAGGCCCCAGGACUCCCACAUUGAACCAGCCCCCGUCUCCCUCUGAACGCUCGACCAAGAGGACGGCAGAGCACCAGCCGAGCAGGGACAGGGAUGGAAAGGGGAAAGAUGAUACUUUACAACGAGACAAGAGGAAAGCACCAGCACCUGGACAAGGAAAAGAAAAGGACAGAGGCGCUGGUCCACUCAUCUCUACUCUGCCAUCUCUGCCACUGCCCCAAACAGUUGUUGAGCACAUGGAUAAAGGAGACAGCUUGAAGGACAGCUCACUCUCAGGGAAGAAAAAGUUAGAGAGAAAAGCCAGACAACUUCUGACUGACUUGCCUCUCCCCCCUGAACUUCCUGGCGGCACAUCUUCCCCGCACAGCCCGCCUGAAGAUAAAAAGGCACUAACAGUUCGCAGAAGGCCUAAAAUUUGUGGGCCAAGAUAUGGUGAAAUUAAAGAAAUUGAAAUCGACUGGGGAAAACGCUGUGUGGACAAGUUUGAGAUAAUUGGAAUCACAGGAGAAGGCACCUAUGGUCAGGUGUACAAAGCUAAAGACAAAGACACAGCUGAAAUGGUAGCUUUGAAGAAGGUUCGACUGGACAAUGAAAAGGAAGGAUUCCCAAUCACAGCCAUCAGAGAGAUUAAAAUAUUGCGGCAACUCAACCACAAAAGUAUCAUAAACAUGAAGGAGAUAGUUACAGACAAGGAGGACGCUGUGGACUUCAAGAAUGAUAAAGGUGCUUUUUAUCUAGUAUUUGAAUAUAUGGAUCAUGACUUGAUGGGUCUGCUCGAGUCAGGUCUAGUCCAUUUCAAUGAGAGCCAUAUCAAGUCUUUCAUGCGACAGUUGUUGGAGGGCCUCGAUUACUGCCACAAGAAAAACUUUCUGCACAGGGACAUCAAGUGUUCCAAUAUUCUACUCAAUAACAAAGGUCAAAUAAAGCUUGCGGACUUCGGUCUGGCUCGGCUGUAUAAUUCUGAGGAAAGUCGACCAUACACGAACAAAGUGAUUACACUAUGGUACCGUCCCCCAGAGUUACUCCUGGGAGAAGAACGGUACACGCCUGCUAUCGAUGUCUGGAGCUGCGGAUGCAUUCUCGGAGAACUGUUCCAAAAGAAACCUAUCUUCCAAGCUAAUCAAGAGCUUGCCCAGUUAGAGCUCAUCAGUCGAAUUUGUGGUAGCCCCUGUCCUGCUGUCUGGCCUGAUGUAAUAAAGCUUCCCUUCUUCAACACCAUGAAACCAAAGAAACAGUACAGGAGACGACUUCGAGAGGAGUUUGCUUUUAUCCCUUCAUCCGCAUUGGACCUGUUUGACCACAUGUUAAACCUGGACCCCAGCAAACGCUGCACAGCUGAACAAGCAUUAAGCAGCGAGUUCCUCAAAGACGUCGACCCGGACAAGAUGCCCCCACCCGAUCUUCCACUGUGGCAGGACUGUCACGAGCUGUGGAGUAAGAAACGUAGACGUCAGAAGCAAAUGCCAGAAGAGCUGGCGGCCCCUAAGGCGCCCCGCAAAGAGCUGGGUCUAGACGACAGCCGCAGUAACACUCCCCAGGGUUUCCCCGCUCCUGGAGGCAUCAAAGCCCAGAAUGCAGCUGCUUCUGCACUGCUGGAUCCAAAAGGUCCAAACUCCCAGUUGACUCAGGAACAGCUGGCGGUCCUCCUGAAUCUCCUCGGUCAACCCAAGAGCGCGGCCAACACCGCCCAGUUUGUCCAGACCAUGAGCACAAAGGUCAACCAGGAGACGUUACAGCAGCUUUCCAAAGCCCUGGCUCCUGUCGACCCCGUGGAGCCCCCUCCUCAACCCACGCCCGUGAAGCCUCCCCAGUCUGCCGCUACAACAGGAGUACCACGCACACCCCCCAUGCCCAAGCCUCCCUCACCCCCCAUGUCAGCUCCACCAGGUAUUCCAGAGGGAGAGGCGGCGGCGGCCACGCAGACCGCCAUGACCAUGCUUCUGGCUCAGCUCCUCCAGGCUCAGCAGGCUCAGCGGCAGGAUCCUGGAGACGGGUCCGAGGGGGCCGAAGGUACCAACCCUGCAACAGGAGUAUCGGGAGGGCCUCCUCUACCCCCAGAUGUUAAACAGCCCCCAGAGCCGAGCCCAGUUUCUCCAGUAUCUGAGGUCGGUGGUAUGUCCAUCCUGCCCCCAGACCAAAGACCACCUGAGCCUCCAGAGCCGCCUCCACACGCUGACCUGGACUACCGACAGCCCCCCCCAGAGCCCAAAACCGGACACGCUCCACCUAUAGCAUCGACGGGUGGGGCCGGUGAUGGAGGGAGACCACCUGAGCCGGACUAUCCCCCUCUUCCUACUGCAGAAGGAGCCGGGUAUGGGGGCGACUACAGCCACCCCCCUCCUCCGCCCUUCACCCCUGCAGCGUUUGGGGACAGCUACAUGGGCCACAUGCUGAGCGGAGGUCUCCCACCUCACGCUCUGAGGGAGGUGUUCAGCGGGCCGGGCCAGGCCGCCGGCUCCUCAUCAGCCGCCGGGGUCCUGCCUCCCGCCCACCCGGACCCCUUCCCUCCUCCGCCCAGCGCUGGAGCCACCGGACCCAGUAGCAUGGUCUUCUCCGGGGACAAGGACCAUCGAUUUGAGUACAAUCACAGCCCUUUACCUGUGGAGGGACAGCCUAACCCCGGCACCCUCCACCUGUAUAACCACGCCAUGGCCAGAAAGGACGGCGUCCCCCCUCCCCCGCCCAUCCCAGCACCGGGCCAGCCCUGGGGCUCGCCGUCCCAGGCCGGAGCCCCACCACUACCCCUCGGUUUUGUCCCACACGUAAACUCAACCGCUACAAUCAGAGGACGAGGCCUGCCUUUCUGAUAGACUGCAAAAUGUGAAAUGGCAGUUUGUGAUGGUGGACUGGGGGGGACCGGAGGACCCGGUCUGAGCCCAAGGCCAGACCUGAACCUGCACACGCGACAUGGAAUAACUUAAAUCUGUGUUAGGCAUUGUAUUCCUCCUCCGUCUGGAAUGUGGAGUACAUUCCAGAAGGACAGCUGAAUAACACCAGAGGAGCUUUUCUUGCUCGUCCCAUUUUCAUAUUUUUUGUAAUCUAUUCUGCUGUCUUUUAAAUUAAACUUUUUUGAGUGUACAUUUAACAGGCCGGGUACAUUUUAAACCUCUUACCUACACCGUUCUCUAACUGCUCCCGGGCAGACUAGUAUUGUUUCACGCUACUGACUGAAGUAGGUGGAAACUAUUUUAGCUCCAAACAGAAACGGAUCAUGUGCUUUAUCUGCACAAUUAGGAAUACGACCAGUAAUGUAGAGUCUUGUUUUUUUUACAGCCGUGAUUAUGUUGAGACGGUGACGACUCAGUUGGUCGGGUUGAUGGCUUCAGUAUCAGCACAGGGAGCGAUUUGAAGAACAAGGACCGUUAGUACCAGAUGCACUGGUAACACAUGGACGACUGCAGCAAAUCUGAUCCGGCUUCAUGGAGAAAGGCAGUUCUCACUUUAAAUUCCACCUGCCUUUUCUCCAGUAGGUGUUGUAAAAUCAAAAGCAAAACAAAAACACAUAACUCCAGAUAAAAAAGGAAGCAGUUGUCUUUUUUUUUUUUUUUUUUUUUGUACUAAAAUGAUUUUGUUCCCCUCCCCCCUAUUCCUUUGGCAAAUGUUUAUUAAAGAAAUGCCAACAAUGUA